AUGUCCGUCGCCAUGGCCGACCGCUCUGCCGCUUCAACUUGGCAGCUCCUCCCCCCCGCAUCCACCGUUAUUGCCGAACGCGUUGCCGAAUCUCCGCGAUCCACAGACCCGCGCCUCCUCUCGCGCGGGCGUCGAAUCAUGGAGCGCGGGUCGGACCCGCCUCCGCUCGCAGCUGACGCGGACGUGGACGCCGCCGCGACAAUUUCAGGGGUAACCUCGGAAGCCGGCCCCGCCAGUUCCGCAUGCACUCCAACGAGCCGCUCCGGCGCCAGCGGUCUCGUACGAAGCGCGAGGCGGCGAAUCCCAGCCCCCACGAGCCCGCCCAGAGCUGCGAGCAGCGAGUCUCCCAUGUCCCCUGGUUCCAUGGUCCGUGGCGCGCGGUCGGGGUCCGCAUCCGCGCCCCGGGGUGGAGGUGCGAGUCCGCCGUUCGUGGACGGGAGCGUGCUCGCCAUCCACGGCACAAGCGAGGGCGCGAUUGUUGCGGUGAGGAAGGACGCGCUGAGCCACUGCGCGCCGAGCGACUUUGCCGUCCACAUGAUGACCCCCUGCACUCGCCGCUCCCAACAGCCUGCUGCAGCCGCGCAACUCUCACCCGCCUCCGCCUCUGCCUCUGGAUCGAGCGCCGAGGCGCGGAGGCGCGCGGGCAGUCACCGGCGGUCGCUGUCGUGCCCCAGCCACGACGCCCUCAUGGCCGAGGCUCUCCAGCCGCUUCCCGCGCCCGGGCCGCGCAUGGCGCGGUGCUCGGGGUCCAGCAACAACCUCGCGCUCAUCGCCGCCGCCACCGCGCCCACACCCGCCAUGCCCUCGCCCAAUCGCCAUCGCGCCCUCUCCGCCGCCUCUGCCGGCAGUCCCCCGUCGGAUUCGCCUCCGCGUGCAACAGCCACCACGCCAGGCGCGACAGUAAACCGUCGCGUUGGCACGCGACCCAGGGGCCUCGACAGUUCCUCCUCCUUUCCCGCCGCAUGCUCGUCCCCCGUCUUCACCUCGUUCGCUCCUUCGGUCUCCACCACCCCCAUAUCACCUGUCGCUUGCCCCACGACGCCUUCGGGCCUGCCGCCUCGCUCCCGGAAACCUGGGAACUCGCACAGCAGCGCGUAUCCGCAGGCAUCUCCACGUCCCGCAUCGCUUGACGAGCCUGCGAUGUUCGCGAGUGACGGUGACCGAUUGCGUGCGACGUCGCCCACUUUCGUACGAAUUGAACCCCCGUCACAGAGCACGGCUGCCCAGAUCAUGGCGAGCAGCCCGUGGGCGCGCGAGGAGUCGCCGCGAUUAACGGCAGCAAGGGGUAGGCAAGGCGGGUUCAGCCCUGCGGUCAGCCCUAAUGCGCUCAGCCCUACUGCGUUCGCAUUCCCUCUGCAGAGUGACUCGAUACUAAGCCCUCACUCAGUGCCUGUUCUCAACCUUCCUUCGGAAGCAGGCAGAACUGGAAAGGCGUCCGCAAGCAGUCAAACGGCUGGAGUUAUGACUGCAAAUGCCUUCGCCUCUGAUGCUCGGGUUGCGCCUUUGCCAAGUGACGAGGGGAGCGAUUCGGAUGAUGAUUUCAUGGGGCUGUACGAGACGGUGGCACAAAGGAGGGCCAUGGUGUCUGCUGCACAGCACAUGCUGGCCGCCGCGGCCUCAGCCAAGCCAGGCCCCACCCAGGCUCACAGCACAGCCGCAAGUGGUCAUGGCGGGGGCUCACAAGGAGUGAGUGGGGUAGUGAGCGGCGCGGGGGAUGGGAGUGGGCGACAGGUGCAGGGACGGAGCCGGCGCAGCAUGUCUGCAGACUUCAACUUCUCUUCAUGGGCCAUGGAGAUGUACGAUACCGCCAAAGGCAGCAGAGGUGCAGAGCGGCGAGACGCCCACAAGGGGGCUAUUGCAGAAAGGUUAGAGGUGCGUGGCAGGGUGGUGGGGAGCAGGCAGCUGAGUGGCAGCAAGAAGAGUGUCAAGUUCAAUCAAGAUGUUGAAUGGAUCUGA